AUGACUAAAUUUAAACUAAAUCAUUGGGUCACCAUGAGAAUCAGCUUUGCCAUAGUAACUCUGCUGCCUAUUUGCACAACAGUACCAAAGUACAGUCAGUGGGAACAAGAAAUUCUAGCUUCAACAGAAAUUCCUGUAGAACACAUCAACCCUGGUUCCAUUGACCUGACUCCAUUAAUAAACACAAUCCUUAAUGCUUCACAUGCAGGUUCUGAGCAUUUGUUCUCUGUUGUGAGUGUGACAUCACACAGCUCUCUUGAACUGCACAAAAUCACCCUGCUGGUCUACAACAUCUCCGGUUAUCAGGACAUUGAGACCAGUGUGUUUCCUCUGAGAUACUGCUACUGUGUGACAAACAAAACCAAUGACCUCACAGGUUUUACAGCCAUACUGCUGGACGUGUUGGGGAACUCAACUAGCUACCUGCAGGAGCUGUUUAAAUCUAGCUCUAUUCUCUCAGUUAGCCAGAUGGGGAGCUCAGACUGUAUCUACAUGUGUGUAAUGGCUGGAAAAACAGACAGAGAUCAGCCUGAGCUGUGGGAUUCUGUUCCUCCACUUUUCAACCAGACCAUCAUAGAGCAUACACACACAGGUACCACCACUGAAGCUACACCUUAUACCACUUUAACUGUGCCAACCACUGUUCACACGAUAGCUGGGUUGAAUACUACUAGUAUUGCUCUUACAACUGUUCUGACAAUAACAGUGCCUGUUAGUGUUCUCCUCCCAACAUCAGACACUGUUCCAACAGCAACUCAAACAUCGCCAGUCAGAAGCACUUCAGUUCCACCUGAACCACCAGCCACAACUACCACCCAACCUUCACACUCCACUGUUUCCAUGACAACCACAUCUUCAGUGCUUCCAACAACAGCUGAUACAGCAACAGAAAUAUCAACAACAAUUCCUGUCAAACCUGCUGCAACAAAAACCAGUCCAGCUACUAGCAAACCCCCUCAUAUUCAUGGUUGCCCAUGGCGAUCUGAGCUUAUGUACAGACGAGUUCAGAGAGAGGACCAGAAAGAAACUCUGGAUGAAGAACCGAGUGCGAACAGUCCGACAAUCAGCACAAAAAAGCUGCAGCCAUGUGUGUUUGAGCUGUGCAAGUUUUUCUCCCAGUGCGUUUGCAGAGGUUUCAGCCAGAAAACUAGUCUGCAGAGGUAUUGCACAGACAGUCAUUUUUGGUAUGAAAGGCAUACAGUGGAGAUCUGUAGUCGUGUGAAAAGAGUCACCUACUCCAAGAGUCUGAAGCAGAAGUGCCUGGCGAAGAUGUGUGUUAAAAUGUGAGAAGAACAUGAUGUCCUUGCA